AUGUCCGCGUUGACGCACGACGUACCAUGCGUUCCAAGCCGUUUGGAAAGCCUUCCAAACGAGCUCUUACACCUCAUUCUCGACUUUCUCCCCUCGCACUGCUAUUGGCGGUUCGCUUUAACCAAUUCAAAACUCAAGAGCCGCCUUGUUCCGAUCCUUUUGGGAAGCUCGAAGCUCGGCCGCAGAGAUGAGCUUGUUCAGAUGGCCGCUCAGUUCGGUUACAAUCACUUGCUGACCACGGCCCUUUCCUUCGGACCACCGAAGACCACUCUCACGACAAGCACGGUUAUUCGCUGCUUCUAUUACUAUGCCCGUGGCCGCCAGCGUCCUGUUGGGUUCGCCGCUUUGGCCGAAGACACUCUUCCAGCCAGCACACUCAACAUGGCCCUGACAAACGGUUUGGGCGCGUUUUCAAUCCCCGUCAUCCGCACCCUUCUUGCUGCUGGUGCCGAUGACUGCACAUCGCGUGUCUGGCGGAACAAAUAUUGCAUGGAGUACCAUAUCGCUCUUGCCGAGCGUACACCCUUGCACGUCGUGGAUAACAUUCACGUUCUUGCCGUCUUACUCGAACCGGGCUCGAACUGUCUGCGCUUUCUCGACACAGUCAGCUUCACACGGUGGCCCACCCCCCUUGCAACAGCUAUUGCUUCCCGCCACUCGUUUGAGUUUAUCAAGAUGCUCAUCGACGCCGGUGCAGAUGCCAGUGGUCCCCAUCCCAACUAUGCCACCGAACAAGAAAUCAUCAAUGUCUAUAAGGAAGAAGGAGUCGAGUACGACACCCGCUUCAGAGGCGACCUCGAAAGGGCGUUUGAUAGUCACUGGCUCGGCGUGCCAGGGGAUGCAUACUGGCUGACGCACUUUGAGAUUGCCUGUCUCUUCGGCCGCUUUGAGACAGCCGAGCUCCUCCUCCAGUCCGGCGCCUCCAUCUUCGACUGCACCCGAGACAACGGUCCCCUGCGUGCCCUCGAAACGGCCAUCCGCGCUUGCAACGCCUCCGGCGACGACCGCUGCGGCAUGGCCUUUGUCGACCUCUUUGUGCGUAACGGCCUGGAGACUCACAUCAAUUCACCCCUGCUCAUGGCCACGCAGUGGUUUGUCAGCGAGGCCGUCUUCAUGCGCAUACUCACCUGGGGCGUGAAUCCCAUGGUGUCUUAUCUGUACCAGCACGGCGUAACGUCCCUGGCACGCUUUCUAGUCACCAACCAGAACAUGUUUGGCCCAGACUCCGUCACGGCCGCCGAGCGAACCCGUCUCCGCUGCAUCAAGUCCAACGCUCUCCUCGUCUGCGCUAUGACUGCCGGCAACGCCAAGGCCUUCUGCCGCCGGCUUCCACCAUCGCAACGCCGCUCAGGCGCCGUCCUCGCCGUCAACGGCAUGGUGGAGCUGUUCGACCGGAACCUCGACCACAUCCCCAUCUGGCCCAAGCUCUUCUUCGAGAGCCGCGAGACCUGCCCCUACGUCGGCACGCUGCACCAUGUCGUCGAGGCGGUGGAGCUCCUCCUCAAGAGCGGCAUGACGGUCAAGAGGGACCGGUACGGCCGCACGCCGCUGCACUACGCCCUGCGCAUCAACAGGCUCCCCGUCUAUCCCAUCCUGUGGUCCAUCGUCAUGCCCGAUGUCGAUGCCGAAGACAUGCAGGCCAUUUUGAAUUGGAGAAGGGUGGCGCUCACGACGCCCCUUACAUACCAAUACUUUUCGGGCCAGGACUACAGACACAUGGAAGUCAAGCGCGACAACAACAUGAUCCGCAUUAUUAGAGCUCUUCUCCGGGCCGGUGUGCCUGUUGGCACCAAGGACCACAGGGGUCAGACGUUUUGGGACUACGCGCAUCGGUCAGGCUGGGACGAGGUUUGGCAGCGCGCUCUGGAAGGUGAGGGUUUGUAUGAGAAUGUACAGGAUGAUGGCAUGCAAGACAUCAGCCAGGAGAGCAAUGGCAUGCAAAACGAUAGCACGGACAAUGACAGCACACAAAGCAGCAACAUGCAUGAGCAUAGCAUGUAG